UCCAUAUAUUCUCACGUCAGGCUGUGGCUAGUGAUCUGUGCCUGUCAGUACGUUUUCUCUUGUCAGUUUCCUGCUUGGAUAAAACUGGAAUGUACCAAAACCACACUAAAGACACCAACAACAACUGCAAUAAAAGCCUUCUCUGUGAUCACAAGGAAAAGCUUGUCCAGGCUAUUAAAAGAAUCAAGCAUGAGGUAGAUGAGUGCAAAGAUGCAGAGAGAGAGACGUACAUAGAAUCAGUGGAAGUAGAGAGCCGGUUUGAUGAUCUGGAACGGGAAAUCAGAGCUGAGUUUCAGAACCUUCACCGCUUCCUGGAUGAGGAGGAGUGUAAGGACCUGGAGCGGCUGAGUAGGGAGAGGCAAAAACAACUGAAGCAGCUGAAGCAGAGAGAGAAGAAAAUAGCAGAGCAAGGGAAAGACCUUCAGAGUGCAAUCACAGUCCUCAACAGCAAAUUGGCUGAGGAGGACAGUCCUAAGCUGCUCAAAGAAAUUCAAGAUCUCAUAAAAAGGUCUCAUGUCAGCUUUGUUCUUCCAGCGGAGGUGGACACAGAGGUCCGCUCAGGUCAGUUCGUGGGGCCCAUCCAGUACAGGAUAUGGAAGCACAUGAAAAGCUGCCUUUACCCAAAUAUUACAUCAGUAACCUUUGACCCUGAAACCGCCCACCCUAAUCUGUCUCUGUCCCAGUCCUGCGAUUCAGUUUGGUUUGAGGAGGAUAAAGACACAAAAGAUUGCCAAGCCAACCCACGACGGUUCAGCUAUUAUUACUGCGUGUUUGGCCAUCAGUGCUUCACAUCAGGCCGGCACUACUGGGAGGUGGAGGUCGGCAACAAGACGGCAUGGAGGUUGGGUGUGGCACAAGACAAUGUUCCAAGAGGGGAGAUGGCUGCUACUGGCACCUCUAGUGGUCUCUGGACCUUGGCCUUAAAGGGUGGAUCCGUCCAAGCCUGCACUGACCCACAGCCUACCAAAGUCAACGUAUCUCUCCGCCUUGUCCGCAUUGGCGUGUUCUUAGACUGUGAAAAGGAAGAGGUGACUUUCUAUAAUGCUGUUACCAUGGCGCCAAUCUACACCUUUUCAAUGGGAACUGUGGUGGUUCCUCUGUUUCCAUUCUUUAACCCAUGUGACACAGAUGAUGGAAAGAACAUAGCGCCAGUUACGGUCUUCAACCCAUCACUAUAACAAUCUGUUGUCACCAGCUUUAACACUAAUGGUGAAUGAUUCCCAAUAGAAAUAGUCAAUGUUAUGUUUUUAAAGCUGAAACAUUUCAAUAAAUUAAUGGAUUAAUCAGUCAAAAGAAAAAAAUAAUGUGCAAUGAUUCUGAUUGUUAAUUGUUUGGUUUAUUUUUCAAGCAACAAUGUCAAAAAUGUGAGGUUUCAGCCCUCAGUUAGAUCACUGUCUGUUUUACCUUCACUUCUUCUCUUCUUCUUGUGUGAAAAUAAAUGGGUUUUGAACCCAAAGAUA